GCUAUAUCACGUAAAGGAAUAAUCGCAUAUUACCUAAACCCCCGGUCUGCAUUUCUUAUUCCGUAUGCUACAAUGUAAUUGGCGAAUGUCUACGGAUUACAAUAUCAUCGCGUUGGUAAGGGAAGAAAGCCACGAUGUCCUACAUAAGGUAUAGUGCUGACGACAGCAUGCAAUAUCAUCGAAUUGCGGCUCGUCGUGUCGUUUAGCCUCCUUCUUAUCUUGGGUGGUGGCUUACCGGUAUCGUAAGUAAACAAUGAAUAUGAUUAAAAAAGCCAUUUUUUCCGUGCUUCCAGAAAACAACCUCGCAGUUACCUAUACAUUAGGUACCCAGAAGUAACCAGCGGAGGAAUCAUGCGACCUUUUUCCUUUUUCGGCGCAUUGCUGCUGCUAGGCCGUGACACUGUUAUAGCCGCGGGCAAUCCGCAAGUUGUCGACACCAAGAAUAAUGUUACGUAUCGAGGGUUCAAUCGCAAUGGUGUCGAGGCGUUCCUGAACAUCCCGUACGGACAAGACACAAGCGGCCCGAAUCGAUUCAAGCCCCCGCGAGCCUUCGUGCCAGAGUCGGGUAGCAUAAUCAACGCCGUAUCUUAUGGCCCCGCGUGUCCCCAGCCACUAGGAAAUGACUUCCUCCCGCUGGGAUUGACUAACACGACAGAGAUAUCGGAAGACUGUCUAAACUUAAAUGUGAUCAGACCUAAGUGCCUGCGCGCCAGGGACCGGCUUCCGGUUCUAGUCUGGAUUUAUGGUGGCGGCUUUUGGACGGGUCAGAACCGAGAGAUUACUACUGCGCCUGAUGGCAUGAUCCUUGAGUCUGUCGCAAACGGACUUCCCAUCAUUCACGUAGCGAUGAACUAUCGUCUCGGGUUCUUUGGAUUCGCACAAUCCAAUGCUCUUGAAGUCGAGGGUUCCGAGAACGCCGGGUUGAGAGACCAGCGGCUCGCUAUUGAGUGGGUUCGCGACAACAUCGAGCACUUCGGCGGUGAUCCUGAGAAGAUCACCAUCCACGGGCAAUCAUCUGGAGGCCUCGCUGUUGGCAUGCAGAUUAUGGCUUAUGGCGGAAGCAAGCCAGCUCCGUUCCAGCAGGGAAUAUGCGAAAGCCAAGCCCUAGAGCCAGGCAUCACAGCAAAUUUCACUAUCGACGCCUUACAGCUCGUCGUGGAUUAUGUUAGCUGCAACACGAGUGCCCUGCACUCGCCAGAGACGGUGGCGUGUUUACGGGAUCUAGACAUGGAUACUCUCUUGAAUGCAUCAGCGGCGACGCACCAAUCCGACAUCGCCCACAAUAUCGGCGACACCUGGUUGCCAGUCGUCGAUGGCGAUUUUCUUCCCGCUCCACCGUCCCAACUUAUAGCUGAAGGGAGAUUCGCCAACGUAACGGUUAUGAUGGGUUGGUGUGAGGACGACCUAACCCUAUUUACGGACACCAGUAUCUCUACCCCACAGGACACUCGCAGUUUUAUCCAGACAUACAUCUCUUCCGUGAGCGACGCCAAUAUUGACAAGCUACUUUCAUUAUACCCAUCUUCUGAAUUCGCCGCCAACCCGACAGCUAACCUGUCAAGUGAAUUCUACCGCACAGCACGCAUCUUCCGGGAUAUCCUAAUGGUAUGCGAGCCGGUAUACUAUGGAGCCGCGCUCGCGGCCAAGGGGAAUAGCGUCUAUCUGUACGACUGGAACCAGACGAUCCUAGAUCCCAUCUUAGAAUACACAGAUGGUGUGUCGGGGUUGGGCCCCAUCCACACAGCUGAGUUUGCAUACAUUUUCGGGAACAUAUCACACUACAACGUCUCCAACUACCCGUUCAAUCCCACCCCCGAAGACUAUAGCCUUGUGAGUCGUGGCUCGCGAUCAUGGUCGACAUUCACGAGCCGCGGAGUGCCAGGUCUUGAGGGCCACGACACGUUCCAAGGAUUCACGCCCUCUUUUCCUGUAGGUAGCCAAAGCAAUGCCGAUGGGACGUUCUCGGUAUUCGUUGCGGGAGGGCCAAGCGAGGGUUUCUCGGCCACUGACGGUCCUGGCUCUAGACCCGAAAUAGCCGCACAGAAGCUAAAGGAGAGAUGCGCUUUUAUCAACUCGGAAGAGAUCAUAAAUAAGCUUUACUAUUGAUUUAUAUAUAGAUAUUUGAUAUGAUCGCCACUUAUAUGACAGGUACCUACCUAACCUGCAUAGUUACAUCUUCAUAAUUGUACUUAAUAUCAUAAUACAUUUAUGUAGAGCUGACAAUUACGAAUCCGAACUUUCUUGUGCUAGGUCGGGACUGAUUAGCAUCCCCACGAUACAAAUAAAUGAGCACAUCAGACGAACGAGAGCC